AUGGAACUGGUGCUUGCAUUCGUACUCCUGGUCACAUUCGCCUUACUCGGGGUGAUUGUGAACCAUCUGCUGACGAUCAGAUAUGCGUGGAACAUUCCUUCCUAUCCCGCUAAGAUUCCCUUCCUGGGACAUGCUAUGAUGUUCUCCGGUAAGAACACCGAAAGAGCCUUCCGGACGAUGGCGAGAGUUUUCAACACCAACCAAAGAAUGACAAAACUUUUGUUGGGCCCCAUUCCGGCCGUGCUGAUUCACCACCCGGAUUUGCUGCAGAAGGUUCUCACCAACGCCGAGCUGUACGAUAAGCCAUUUCUGUACGACUUGAUGAAGCUGGGUCGGGGUCUCAUCACGGAGCGAAAUGGUUUGUAUUGGAAGCAAACCAGAAAGGCGGUUAAUCCAGCUUUUAGUAUGAAGAUACUUGGAGGAUUUGUUCCGAUUUUCGAUUCACGGGCUAAAGUUUUGGUUGAGCGGUUGAAACCUUUGGCUGAUGGUGUGACGGACUUAAAUCUACUCCAGUACGUGGCACAAUGUACUCUGGAAAUGAUAUUCAGUACAACGAUGGGCUGCCACUUACACGUACGUCCGGGAGAGAAGGAGUACGUUUAUCACCUGGAACAAAUUCAAUCAAGCCUGGGAGAACGCAUGCUAAACGUUGAAAAGCAAUUGGACGCCUUGUACAGAUUCUCAGCCAGCUAUCGUCGGGAAAUGAAAUCUCGAGUCAUUUGCGAUGCAUUCACCGACAAAAUCAUCCAAGAACGACGAGCUCGCCUUGCUGGAGAAAAAAACAACAACGAAGUAUCCGAAAAAAAUCUGGACAGCCUGGAGCAACACCUGAAGUCGAACAUUUUCCUGGACGAAAUAUUGAACUACAGACAGGAAGGCGUACCGCUCGAAGAUCAGGAAGUGUCUGAGCAUCUUCGCACCAUGAUGGCGGCGGGUAACGAAACAUCCGCUCUAACCACCUGCUACGUGUGCCUGUUCCUUGCUCAGAAUCCAGAAAUCCAGGACAAAGUCGUCUCGGAAAUGCGCGAAAUCUUCCACUCACCUUCGGUAGAGCUCAACACCGAAUCGCUUAAGCAGCUGCUCUACACCGAGAUGGUCAUCAGGGAAACCCUCCGCUUGGUGCCGGUAGUUCCCUUCAUAGCCCGGGAAACUGGUUCCGAAAUCGAACUUGACGGAGUCCACAUUCCCCGCGGUCAAAUACUGGUCAUGAACUUCUACAGCCUCCACCGGCGGAAGGACUUCUGGGGCGACGAACCGGAGCGAUUCGAUCCGGAACGGUUUCGGCCGGAAGCUGUGCGGGAGCGGCAUCCGUAUGCAUAUUUGCCGUUCAGUGCCGGCUUUAGGAACUGCAUCGGCAGUCGAUAUGCGAUGAAUUCGUUGAAGACCAUGCUGACACGGUUGCUGAUGGCGUUCGAAGUGAGGACCACCAUCAAGCAGGAGGAUAUGAAGUUUAAGUUUGAAAUUACAAUGAAGCUGGUUGGGGCUCAUACGGUGCAGCUCGUUAGACGGGAGCAAAAGUGGGCCGAAGGUGGUGGGAGUCAGCCGGGUGAUUUGUGGACUAAGUGA